CUUUUAUAUAUAAAUAUAUAUGUGUGUGUGUGUGUGUUGUCUAUACAUGUAUAUAUAGAUCAUGUAAAUAUAUAUAUCAAUAGUAGUAGGUUCUUUUUUGGUAUCUAUUCUGAGGCGACUAUAUGGAUCUAGCUUCCCACGGACUUUCCGUCACACGUAUCUAACUACUUUUGCAAUGUACGGUGAAAUAGUUGUUCAGUGACCUCAUAGCUCGAGUAUCGUUAUUUGUAGUAAAUAGUACAGCCGCAUACAAGCGAUCUCAUCGAAGAUUGAUAGUAUCGCAACGCAAUUCCAUUUGAAGAACCCUUUUCCCUGGCCUUGUUCAUACAUAGAGUGAUAGUGAGAGUAUUAAAUUGAACUAGUGAUCAUGGCGGCCCAAGGUGGAAUAGCGGACGACCUGGAAACAGAUCUAUUCCGACAAGAGCGACAAGAGCGCACCAGAUUUCGUCUGUUUAGCACCCGAGCACAAUCGAAUAGUCACACAGCGUCUCAGCCUGGUUGUCAGGGUGGCCUUGAUAACUUGGCUGAAAGUGGUCCCGUAGAGCAAGACGCUAGUCGUUGGGGGGGUUGGGCGAAGCGUCUACUACCUCGAUGGAAGAAACGGUCGCAUGCCAAACCAGAAGAACUAGACAAACUACAAGAAGGCGGGGGUGUCAAUGUGUCGUCACCACUGGGUGCGGAAACAGAUGCAUUCCUAUCAGAUAUCCCGGACACAUGGUCAAACCCGCGCCCUGUAUACUAUUUUUUGAGUGACGAGAGGAGGACUAACAGUAGAUUCUUUUCCACCGUCACGGAUCCACGGAUUGUGAGGUCUUUACGGUUGUUCCUCUUUGGCAUACCCGCAUUCUAUCUGUCUGUCUUCGACACGCCAAUUGGCAAGCCGGCGUAUCUGAUAGGCAUGGUGUUCUAUUCCGCAUCUCUUCUGGACGUGCAGGGUAUGAUGUCCAGCAUGGUGUUUGCAUUCACGGCGUUGCUGAUGGUGGCAUCGUUUGUGCUCACAUCGUUGCUGUUGAUGGCUCAGAUGGCUACGGACGGCUACGGACUUCUCAUACUGACGUAUCUGGCCAUAGUCUUCAUUUUUGGACUGGGGAUUGUGGGCCCGUUGGGGGGUCUGGGGAGAAACUUUGGCAUGUUUGCGAUUGUGACCAUAGCUAAUAUCUUCUGGCAGUUAUUCCCUAUGGCCGAAGACGGCUUCGUGGUGCUGGUACCCUGGAAUGAUGUCAUUCAGAUCAUCGAGGAAGGUGUGGUGUCAGGGUUCGACGAGCUGCUGCAGAGUGGAGGGCUAGUUGAUGUUCAGCAAAUGAUCAGCCAGCUGGCCGUCCAGAUACAGACCGCGGCGGGGACCACGGACAUCUCGUUCUUAGUUCCACCGGGGAAUGUCUUAUCCGGGUAUGAAGUCGAUGUGACCAUCAUCCAAGGCACCAGCAUCCAGCUUACUCUCGCGCCGGGUAUGUGGGUGGUCACUGCGAUAGUGUGGGGCUCACAUAACGGCAUCAUCACAUCGCUGGGGAAUGUUCUCUUGCAGGUGCUGAUAGGCUAUCUCAUCUACCUGGUUUCUUUUAUACCACCCCCGUACACAUCUCUGAUGGCCGAAGCACGCUUGGCGCAGGCGCGUGUCCUGCAAAGUAUCAUCCACCUGGUGCAACAGAACACCGCCAAGCGACAGGCGGCCUACAAAAGUACUGAGCCUGACGCGACGACCCAGAAUGCCACAGGCAAGGGUGCAGGGCCGAAUCGAACCUUAUCGGACGACGAGCGCAGAGACUUAACCCUGAGUGUGGGUCAAACCGGGCUGGAGCAGCUCGAAGGGACUGCUGCGAAGCUCAAGCUGUCAAAAAUGCUGGAGCCCACAUGGUUGUCACCCAACAUCCUCGCGCGCCCGCACGCAGCACUCAUGGACGUGAACGUCAAGCUAACAGCUCUGACCACAGAGAUUCUGCUGCAAUCGCUCGAUCUGUUAGAUCGGGGGGCCGAUAAAAGGCCUACUAAAGCCCGUGAUUUGGCCGGGCUUCUUGAAUUGCGGGGGGCGGCGUUGUCCCUGCUGGAUUUGUGCGGUCAGGGUAUAUGCCUGGUCCCGCGCAUGUACAACCGCGAGGAGGUGCAGGGGAUAGCCGAGAAAAUCAACGAAGCCGAGAGUGUUCUGAAGGCUAAGCACAAAACGUUUCAGGAAGGCUGUAAACGUCUCACCGAAACUGCUAUACGCGAAGCAGACACGGUUGUCGAGGCUGAGAGUAUUCUGAAGGAGGCAGGUGUACGCGAUACUGAGGUGAGUCUGGGUACGUUCUUCCACCCCAUAUCACUCUCCACCGCGGUCAAGGAGCUUCUGCACGAGGAGUACAACUACUCGAUCAUGCACGCGGUCAUGUCGCUUGCUUUCCUGUUGCUGGGCUUUGGUUUAGCGUCCGCUUUUAGCUGGGUGGUCCAAACUUUAAAGAUGGUCCUCCGCCUGCCCCAACUACUGCGGAAAUCCUCGUGGAUAGGGCCGGGGGCCUGGUGGGCCGAUAGGGAGGGUCACGCUGUGUUUAAGUACACGGUGUCACUCCUGAUAGUGUUCCUUAUACCGCUGUACUGGGUGCAGUACCGCACCUGGAUCUGGCCCGCGAAGGAAAACCCGAACCCCUCACUGUACUACAUCCAGACAGCCACGCCGAAUAACUUCGAGUCGUGGGUGAUGCUGACCUUUGUCAUCUGCUACUUCCCCACCUUAGAAAGCACCGUGCACAAGACCUUUGCCCGAGUUCCGGGGGCCACGCUGGGAUGCCUGACGGCCUGGCUCGUGGUGUGGUCCUCAGAUGGCAAUGGCUGGGGUAUAGUCUUCUGGCUGUGCUCGUGUCUCGCGGCGGCUGCAUACAUGGCCGCCUCAGACGGCGAUUCGGUGGUAUGGGUUAGUCCUGCCUGGGGUUAUCUCUGGAGAGCGGCCCAGAUCUCUCUGGUGGUGAUUACCAUGGACUACUGGAAAAGUCGCGAAACGCGUACUAUCGAGAACUUUGUGCUGAGCCGGUUCCUGGGGACCGUGUUAGGCGCCGCUCUGGCUAUGUUUGUAUCUGGGUUUGUGUUGCCAAUGGGCUCGGGUAUCAAUGCGAGGCUGAUGUGCAUAGAGACGUUCCGAUCAUUAUCCACUGCGCUUGUGGACGCGGUGAAUGCCUUGGCCAAACAAAGCGAGAGCGCAGCCGGGGGAGACAGUACAACUGACCUGCACGAGAAGUUAUCAGGAUCAGAAAGAGCGUCGGAUACGAAUCUUGUAGGCACGGUCGAGGGCACGGAGGCGACCGCAGGACCGAAGAAAGGGCUUUUCGCACGAUUCCGGAAGUCCAAAGGAGAAUCUGCCUCAGAUGCGGAAAUGGGAUCCGAAUCGGUCCAAAAAACCCCUAGACCUAGUAUAUUCGAGACAGCGAAAGCCGAGUUGAAAAAGGGCCAGGCACAGCUUACACGGGCGACAGACCUGCUUAAGCAGUCUGUGGUGAUGUCUGACGGACCCUUAGUGUGUACAGACGGUCGCCUGUACGAUCUUCGCCUACACCUGGCGACUCUACAACACGUUGCCGGUGCUGUGCAUAUCGCAGAGGUAGAUUUGUCCAACCUGACCGCGCCACAGGUAGAGGGGGCAAGUGAAGGAAAUAGGACAUCUGAGUACUUUGAGAGUACUGAAGCCCUAAAGAAAGACGAGGGGUCCGAAGGGACAGGUACAGUGGGUGGCGGUAUCCCUCCGGGCCUCGAACAGGAUUCGGAGAUUGGCAGCCGGUCCAAAAGUAAGAUCCUACUCCACGGUAGGCACAAGAAAGGUGCAAAACCGCAGCGAAGGUGUCCGCUUGUGUUGGACGAAGUGCGCGUGCGCGAGCUAGAGGCCAUCUUAGAACGGUGUACUAAUGAACUAACGGGUGUUCUCCUGUCCCAGUCAACCAUGGAUGUGUCUGAUUCACCGCUAGUGUCGCGCUUGAUAUUCGAUGACGAAGCGAGAGAACUACAGGAAGCGGCCCUCAGGGCAUUAUUGGCCCUGCCCACUAGCGGAUCAGGUGCGUUCCAGAUAGCGACCGAAUCAAUAGAGUCCAUGUGCUUGCGGAUACGGCACAGAGGUACAGACUGCAGUGGCAUGCAGCACGAGACCUCAACAAACGACCGCGAGUGCCAAAAAGAUGCUGAUAGCCCUAGCCAGCGAGAUUGCCUGGUCGAUUUGGUAGAGGAUAUCUACAGUAUAGAGACUCUCAAAGAAACACUCCUGGCGCUGAGCCUGUCUCGGUUUGCGGUGUUUUCAGCCCUGAUCAUUAAUGCUCUGUAUCUUCGUGAGCCGCAACUUCCGAUUCCAGUGAUGCAAAGGCUUCUGACUGUCCAAAAUUAUCAGAGUCGCCGGUUUAAGAAGCUCGAGGCUCGUGCUGCGACCGAGUGA